UGUGGUUUCCAAACGUCGGCAGAGGCUGGAGACGGCUCUCUAGUGCUGGGUGUGGAGUGAGGCACCACCCUCGCCCUGAAGCCUGGGGCACUCAGUCACCAUGGCUCACGCCCCAGAACCAGACCCGGCCGCCAGCGGCCUCGGGGAUGAGAGGCCCAAGUGGGACAACAAGGCCCAGUACCUCCUGAGCUGCAUCGGGUUUGCAGUGGGGCUGGGGAACAUUUGGCGGUUCCCAUACCUGUGCCAGACCUACGGAGGGGGGGCCUUCCUCAUCCCCUACGUCAUCGCGCUGGUCUUCGAGGGGAUCCCCAUCUUCCACGUCGAGCUCGCCAUCGGCCAGCGGCUGCGGAAGGGCAGCGUCGGCGUGUGGACGGCCAUCUCCCCAUACCUCAGUGGAGUAGGGCUGGGCUGUGUCACGCUGUCCUUCCUGAUCAGCCUGUACUACAACACCAUCGUGGCGUGGGUGCUGUGGUACCUCCUCAACUCCUUCCAGCACCCGCUGCCCUGGAGCUCCUGCCCACCGGACCUCAACAGAACAGCCACGUCUGUUUCUCCAUCUCAGCCCUGGGCCCAGAAAGAAGUGAAAGGGCACCUCAGCCCAAAAGGGCAGUGUUGUGAGCAGCCCAGGGAAACUGAGCUCAAGAGCCACGUGGUGAGGGUGCCUACGCCCCACAGCCAGCCUGUGACAGGCCCCCUGGUUUCAGGGUUUGUGGAGGAGUGCCAGGGCAGCAGCGCCGUGAGCUACUUCUGGUACCGGCAGACACUGAACAUCACAGCCGACAUCAAUGACAGUGGCUCCAUCCAGUGGUGGCUGCUCAUCUGCUUGGCAGCCUCCUGGGCAGUCGUGUAUAUGUGUGUCAUCAGGGGCAUUGAGACUACAGGGAAGGUGAUUUACUUCACAGCUUUGUUCCCUUACCUGGUCCUGACCAUCUUUCUCAUCAGAGGGCUGACCCUGCCGGGGGCAACAAAAGGACUCAUCUACUUGUUCACUCCCAACAUGCACAUUCUCCAGAACCCCCGGGUGUGGCUGGACGCAGCCACCCAGAUAUUCUUCUCUCUGUCCCUGGCCUUCGGAGGACACAUCGCUUUUGCAAGUUACAACUCGCCCAGGAAUGACUGCCAGAAGGAUGCGGUGGUCAUCGCCCUGGUCAACAGCAUGACCUCCCUGUACGCGUCCAUCGCUGUCUUCUCUGUCCUGGGGUUCAAAGCAACUAAUGACUACGAGCACUGCCUGGACAGAAACAUCCUUAGCCUCAUCAACGAGUUUGACUUCCCAGAGCAGAGCAUCUCCAGGGACGACUACCCAGCCGUCCUCAUGCACCUGAACGCCACCUGGCCCAAGAGGGUGGCCCAGCUCCCCCUGAAGGCCUGCCUCCUGGAAGACUUUCUGGAUAAGAGUGCCUCAGGCCCGGGCCUGGCCUUCAUCGUGUUCACGGAGACCGUUCUCCACAUGCCGGGGGCUCCUGUGUGGGCCGUGCUCUUCUUCGGGAUGCUGUUCACCUUGGGGCUAUCGACCAUGUUCGGGACCGUGGAGGCGGUCAUCACACCCCUGCUGGACGUGGGGGUCCUGCCCAGAUGGGUCCCCAAGGAGGCCCUGACUGGGCUGGUCUGCCUGGUCUGCUUCCUCUCCGCCACCUGCUUCACGCUGCAGUCUGGGAACUACUGGCUGGAGAUUUUCGACAAUUUUGCCGCUUCCCUGAACCUGCUCAUGUUGGCCUUUCUCGAGGUUGUGGGUGUCGUUUAUGUUUAUGGAAUGAAACGGUUCUGCGAUGACAUUGCGUGGAUGACCGGGAGGCGGCCCAGCCCCUACUGGCGGCUGACCUGGAGGGUGGUCAGUCCCCUGCUGCUGCUGACCAUCUUCGUGGCUUACAUCAUCCUCCUGUUCUGGAAGCCACUGAGCUACAAGGCCUGGAACCCCAAAUACGAGCUGUUCCCCUCGCGUCAGGAGAAGCUCUACCCGGGCUGGGUGCGCGCCGCCUGUGUGCUGCUGUCCUUGCUGCCCGUGCUGUGGGUCCCGGUGGCCGCGCUUGCUCAGCUACUCACCCGGCGGAGGUGGACGUGGAGGGACAGGGACGCGCGCCCAGACACGGACAUGCGCCUGGACACGGACACGCGCCCAGACACGGACACGCGCCCAGACACGGACACGCGCUGAAGCCGGCCAGAGCGGGGCCUGCAUGGGCGGGUCUGUGGGGGGGCUUGGCCUGAUGGUGGGCGGGGCCCCGCCCACAGGGCCGACCCCAAUACACCAGCGACUCAACCUUGAU